AUGAGUAAUAUGAAGUUUAUUUUGUAUUUUAAUCAGGAUGUAAGUUGAAAUUUUAUUUUUUUAUUAUUUUGAAUACAAUUUUUUAAUUUUUGUCAAUUAAAUUUUGAUUUUACUGGUUUUUCAUGUUGCCUUUACUGAUUUCAGCCCUUACCUCAAUAUAGCGACUUUGGCAUAGUAAACUCGACAGAAAUUUGUAAAUCAAAUGAUAAAGGGAAGUGUACAGAAGAAUAUAAACGGUUAGAGACUAGGAUACGAGUAAGCUUUCUUUCAGUUUACAACAAUAACUUAGGUGUUUUAAAAACAAAAUUAUAAUUUACACGUGAAACUCCUGCAGAACUAACUCUUCUCUAACUAGACUUCAAAGAGGGGGGGGGGGCGCUAAGGCUCGGCCCCGUGCCAGACUAGGCCAGGCCAAAGCAAAUUUAACCUGCCGAAAAAUUGGGUCCAGACCAGUCCACUAUCACGAUUUCUGCGUUUUUUAGUUUAGCUAGAGAAAGAAAGAAACGCGCACUCUCUCUGAUUAUCGCGAACCCAAUCAAAAAGCAAGAGAUUGUUUCUAUACGUAAAAGGUCAAACCCUUCUUCCUCGAACUUUCAGUUCCUAAUUAAGGUUGGUAACUGUUUCAGCUCACUCUUGUGUGGCUGAACAAUGUAAAUUUUGGAAUGCUUGAUUAAAAAGUCGGGCGUAUAGUUGUCAACUUUCUAGUUGGUAUUUCUUGGAACUGUCUAUCCAUAGAUCUGAAGGAAAGCCCACUAGAAACGGGCCGGACCAAAUUUGAAAGGGGUUAAGCCGGCAUAUGCGAGCUCAAAGGUGGGAUUGAAAAGUAGCCCUAAGAGAUUCGUUAUAUAGGAUCCCGCAGAAGUUCCACUGUAGUAACAAAUGCUAUUUGAAAACCAUAGCCAUCUUUUCAGUUUACAAGCAAGUACAACAUAGCGGCAUGUAUCAUACAAAAGAGCAUGUCAACAGUGCUACAAGGAAUGAUAUGUUAUCUACGAAAUGAGAAGGCAUUCGAACGACAAAAGCGCCAUAUAAAUGAGCUGAGCAGAGACAGGUGAGUUCAAUAAGUAUCUAGAGUUGAUCCUCUCUACUAUCACCUCAGUUUUUAAAAUUGAUUUUUUUUAAAUUUACUUUUAAUGUUACACUAUGUACCACUCAAUUACCUUUGACAUAAAAGCUAUCAAACGUUUUUGCAGGUUCUGCCUUCACAAAAACGAAGACAACAGUAUGACACAUGCUAUGGAACGUAUCGUAUCUCAAUCAGGAGUCAAUAAACGUAAGGCUGAGCGAGUGAUGAGACAGACGAAGAAGAUUGUAGUAGUCAGGGAGCCGGUCGAAAGAUUCCUUUCUGGAUUUGUCGAUAAAUGCAUUAGGUAAGUGUAAAUUUUUAAAUAAUACAAUAGAAAAAGACACUGUUGAUACUGUAUUGUAGGGUGAAACAAGGACAGAAAAAACACGUCGUAUGUAACAUAAUGAUAAGGGAAAGGCGGAAUAAUAAUAGAACAAUGAUGGGGCAAGGGCUUGGCGACGAGAAAGCAAGGCUAGGAUAAGAAGGGUAAAGAAAAGCAGGAUAGAACAGGGUAGGGUAAAACAAGAUAAGAUACUGUAUUGUAGGGUACGGUAGAGUAAUAUACUGCUAGAUCGAUAAGGUACUGCAGAGUAGGGCACUGUAGAGAAAGGUACUAUAGGGUAUAAUAAAGUAGAGUGUAGGGUAAGAUAAGGUAGGAUAGGUUGAGAUACUGUAGGGUAAGGUACCAUAGGGUGGAAUAGAGCAGAGUUCUGUAGGGUAGAGUAGGGUAGGGUAGAGUAAGGUAGGGUAGGGUACGGUAGGGUAGGGUAAAGUGGAGUAGGGUAGAGUAGGGCAGGGUAAGGUAGGGUCACGUAGGAUAGAGUAGGCUAAGGCAGGGUAAAGUAAUUUAGUUGAAAACUGCAUUUUUCAGAAAACCCUACACAAAGAACUACUGUAACGGCUGUAAAGCCAACAUGACCUGUUUCAUCCUGCGAGAAUACGAUCGUAUGUUAAGACAAGGUCAAUUGACAAAGCUAUCCCGUACUUUCGAAGACCGGCAUUUCUUCCCACAAACAUGGCGAUGUGACUUUGACAAAUACCCUAUCAGUACAUACGAAAAGGUACACUACACAACGAAUACAUCAGAAUUGUUCAACAGAUUCAAGAUUGUCCUGAACAACAUACCUGAACGUAGCUUGCAGUUUUUGAAAAACGAACUCACAUUACCUACAGUUCAUACUACUAAAGACAGUGAAGCUAGAGAGUACUUGGAGAAGAGAUUGCUGACCUCACCGUAUCUUAUGGAAUAUGUUGUGAGAAUGUUUUACUAUGACUUUGUCAAUCUUGGCUACAGAGUACCAGAGUUUCAGUUUAAACAAAAAAAGGUUUAA